CGUUACAAAGUCAUUACGACUUGACUGUCAAACGGUGAAGACGGUAUCAGAGAAGCUUCUGGAAAUUACAGGUGUUUUCGGAAAGUCGAAUAUCAUUAGAAAAAGAAUACAAGAUUUAUACAAAAUGCACGGCGAAACGCUUCAUAGAGGAAUUCGUGAGGACAAUUUAUUACUGGUAUCAUCGAUACUGGAUAGACAAACCGCUAAUGUUAAUGCUAAAGACAAACAAGGACUAACAGCUCUACAUUUAGCGGCCAUCGACAGCAACCAUCUGAUGGCUCAACUGCUUCUUCAGUACGGUGCUGAUACAGGCGUUGUAUCUGACUGCGGGAAGAUUCCGUUGGAUUGCGCAAGUGACGAUGAAAUGGUGCUUUUGUUAGCCAAAGUCAUGGCAAAGGACGGAAAAGAUUUCCUUUUAAGGGAAAGACUCAAAGAAAUGGACAAACCGAAAAAGCUGAAACAGAAAAUAAACAAAGAAAUUCAAAAGUUUCCACCAGAAAAACGAAUCCUCCCGCCUUUGGCAAGCUUUUUGAAGUCUAAAAUCACCAAGAAAGCUCUUGAUAUAACGGACAGUGAUUUUAAACAAUCUACCGAAUCGAGUAUUUGUGACUCUGGAUACAUAGGCAUGGACAAUGAAUCGUCGGAAUCUCUCGUAAUAGACUCUCUUUCGCAGAAAAAUAGUGCUGUCACUGUGCAAAGACGAGAAACGAACCCUGUAACUCAACAAGAACUCUCUGCUAUCCAUUCAAAAAGAAAUAGAAACCUUGAAGAAACCAAGAACUCAUCAAGUAAUAAUAGUAAUACUAAUAACAAAGUACGCCGAAAGACGCAUCCAACGCGGACUGCAUCAAUCCUCGCACAGCACAUAACGAAACCAAAAAAGAAGAAACAAGUCCAUUUCCCAUCAGAAAUCUUGCUUGAUAUUGCAAUUAUCAAUGACGAAUUCGUGGAAGCUUGUCAUUUAAUUAAGUCAAGAAAGGUUGAUAUAAAUAGACCUGGUCCUAAUGGACUUACACCACUACAUCGCGCAGCGGUAGAAGGUAGUUAUGACUGUCUUCAGUUACUUCUUGAUCAAGGAGCUGAAGUAAAUGCUAAGGACGAGUAUGGAUGGACGGCGCUACAUGAUGCUGUCUAUCAUGGGAACAUCUCUUGCGUGGCUGCUCUACUCAAAGCUGGUGCUAAUGUGACUUUAUCAACGGAUGAUAUGUGCAGUGUCCUUGAGCUGACAGACAGGGAGGACGUUUUAUUUGUAGUUGGUAGGGCUCUAGUAAUGUAUGAACUUGGUUUUAUAGCUGACAUUGGUGAUGACAUUGCUAUCAAUAUAUCUAACCGAGAAUCGUGCGUAUGAAUGAGGAUUAGACGUUAAGUUCUUGUUGUAAAAUCUACGAAGUUAACACGAAUUUGCCAGUAUUUUGAGGCUGGUUGUAUUAAGAUAUUAUAGAUUAAAAAUCUGUCAUAUAAUGAAAUUGUAAUUAAACUAUUUUUGUUAGGAUUUAGCUUGCUUUUUGGGGACGGAAUCAUCCUUUUUGAACCAUGGGAAAACACCAUUAAACCAGCUAGAAUAUAAGUAAACGCUUUCAAGGAAAAUACUACGAUUAAGAAUCACUGUAAAUCAAAUUAUAAUUUAUUAAUAUGAGCAAUAAAAACACCUCAUAAAGUGUUAA